AUGCUAAUGAUGUCAUCAAGUCGCGACACUCCAUGCUGUGUCUUGCUGUGAACCGUAGAAAAGUUGCAGUUUGUUGGAUUUAGCUGUGAAAACCGGAAUGUCGCUGUUUGUCAUCAACAGGUAUCUUGGAGAUGAGGUAGAUUCAUCAGAAGACCGCUCCAAAGCAUUGCUGGAAAAACUGCGUGAGCAAGCCAAGAGCAGACAGCUACAACUACAGAAAGAACACCAAAAAGCUAAAGAAGACCACAAAUUCAGCCCCAUCAUAACAGAAAGUGACCUUACAACAGUCACCACACCUAGUGAUAAUGGAACAGAAACAGAGACACCCAGAAAAGCUAAGAAAAGAAAGAAGAAACUCGAUGGAGAGGGGACUGCAGGCGAGGAAAGCCAACAACCAGAGCAAAUGCAGGAAGAAGUAGAGCACACUGGAGAAGUAAAAAGAAAAAAACGGAAGAAGAAGGAUCACAAUAAAGAAGAAACAGAAGAACUAAAGGACAGAGAAUCCAAACAGAGUGAGGAAAGCCAGGAAGAAGAGACAGCAAAGCCAAGCGUAGAUACCACAGAACCCAGAGAUAUCCUUCUUGGAGACUUUGAGACUAAAACUGUACAGAAGGUACAACCGGUACUGCCCCAUUGGUUGUCACAACCUAAUCUUGUCCACAAAGAUAUCAAACAGAAUUUAGUUCGCAUCCAAGAUGUUCCUGGUUUACAUCCCAAAAUUCUGAAAAAGCUGGAGACCAACAAAGUUACAUCUUUUUUCCCAGUUCAGGCUGAAGUUAUACCUGCCAUCUUGGAAAGCACAUCCAAUGGCUUCCUUCUGGGCAGAGGUGGUUAUAGACCCAGUGACAUGUGCGUGUCUGCGCCCACAGGUAGUGGAAAGACUUUGGCGUUUGUCAUCCCCAUAGUGCAGGCUCUCUUACAGCGUGUAGUGUGUGAGGUGAGGGCACUUGUUGUGUUGCCCACCAAAGAGCUGGCCCAGCAGGUCUGUAAGGUUUUCAACACAUAUGUGGAUGGAACAGGAUUGAAAGUUGUCAUGUUGACUGGUCAGAAAUCCUUUCCUAAAGAGCAAGAAUCUCUGGUGCAGAGGACUGUAUCUGGGUUCUGCAGCUUAGCAGAUAUACUUGUGUCCACCCCAGGACGACUGGUUGAUCACAUUCAGCAAACAGAAGGAUUUAACCUGAGACAUCUACGCUUUUUGGUCAUUGAUGAAGCAGACAGAAUGAUUGACAGCAUGAAUCAGGACUGGCUCCAUCAUGUGACCAAGGCUGUUUUCCUGAUGGAACCGAGCGCUCCCAAUAUGCUGUUUUCCAGGAAGGAACCUGGGACCCAAACAGCAGCCAGCUCUUGUCAUUGUCAAAUACCUCUGCAGAAGCUGCUUUUUUCAGCCACACUGACCCAGAAUCCAGAGAAACUGCAGCAGUUAGGCUUGUACCAGCCACGGCUUUUCACCUCUGUUCACAAGGGACAGAGCAAAGACCUUCCUGAAGCGAGCAGCAAAACCGGAAACUAUUCCCUUCCAGAGGGGCUUACGCAAUAUUACAUCCCUUGCAACCUGAAUAGCAAGCCUUUAAUCCUCCUACACUUUCUGCUCACCUUACGUUUCUCCCGUGUCCUCUGCUUCACCAACUCCAGAGAAGCCUCCCACCGUUUGUUCUUGCUCAUAAAAAGCUUUGGCGGGAUCAAUGUGGCUGAGUUUUCUUCCCGCCUCAGCCCGGGUGAGAGGAAGAGGACUUUGAAGGAGUUUGAGCAGGGAAAGUUUCAGCUGCUGAUCAGCACAGAUGCAACCGCAAGAGGAAUCGAUGUCAAGGGUGUGAAGUGUAUCAUUAAUUAUGAUGCUCCCCAGUUUAUUCGUACAUAUAUUCACAGGGUUGGGAGGACAGCCCGUGCAGGAACAGCUGGUUUGGCAUUUACAAUGCUUCUGAAGGUCCAGGAGCAAAAAUAUUUCAAUAUGAUGCGAGACGCUGGUGCACCGGAGCUGCAGAAACAGUUGGUGAAAAGUGAGAACCUGAAGCAGUAUGUGGAGCGAUACGAGGAAGCUCUAACUCAGCUACAGAAAGCCAUCCAGGAUGAGCGAGCCCAGAAGCGCUCCUGAUCAAAGACUGCUUCCUGGAUGGAAGGAACUGCUGCUGAUAGCUGUGCACUAGCUCCAACUGAUGUACCUACCAACUCAAAGUUGAGGCUAAAUUCAUAGACUGUGGCUUUGCACGCGGACCACAAGAUCAUUACUAUACUCUUGGGGGUAUAAAAGAUUUGUUCCUGUGUCUUCUGGCUUAAAUUUUCAUAAUGGACAUGAAAAUGUCCCCUCUGGUACAAGAGGGGAAUUUACUAGAGCAGUUUAUGGUUGAGAGAUGCCGUUUGUUGGAAUAAAGGCACAAAAAUCCGUUUUACACA